CCUAUCGGUACCUAAUCGGUCUUCAGCCCUAGAUUGGCCUCGAUUUCCACUGACAGUGGGAAGGAAGAAGACAUAACUAAAAGCAAUGGCGGCUACUUCCGCGGCGUUCGCCGCCGCUCUCUCCUCCCUCUCCAUCCGUUCCUCCCUUCCCUCCUUGAACCCCUCCUCCUCCCUUUCCCUCAACCCCAAGCUGAGAACUCUUCAAACUCUAUCCUUCUCCCCCUCCAAACCCCUCGCCGCCUCCAAAUCGGUCCCUCGGGCCUCCCCCAGGGACGACAUCAACACCUCCUUCUUCGACAACGUGAACCCCUAUGAGGACAUCCCCUUCAACCCUCCGGCCCCGCCAGAGGGCUACGUCCCGCCACCGGCCUUCGACGAGCUGCCCCCUGAAACAGAGGACGAGAUCGCUGCCGCCUACGAGGAGAUCUAUGGCCCGGCGUACAGUGGGGAGAGCAAGCUCGGAAACGACAUCUAUGUGAUGGAUGCCAAGAUUAAGAAGACCAGCGGGCUGCUGGGCCGGAAGAAGAGGGAGAAGCCGAACGACGGGUUCGAGGAGCGGGUGAUAGAGGUGAGGAGGGUCACCAAGGUGGUCAAGGGGGGAAAAAAGCUGUCUUUCCGGGCGAUUGUUGUGGUUGGGGAUAAGAAAGGGCAUGUCGGUAUCGGCGUCGGGAAGGCCAAAGAGGUAGUGGACGCUAUCGCCAAAUCUGCCGUUGAUGCCAGAAGACACAUCGUUACCGUGCCCAUGACCAAAUACUCUACCUUCCCGCACAGAGCUGAUGGAGAUUAUGGAGCUGCUAAGGUCAUGCUAAGGCCUGCAUCACCUGGUACUGGAGUUAUUGCCGGUGGAGCAGUAAGGGUCGUGUUGGAAAUGGCUGGUGUAGAGAAUGCUUUAGGGAAGCAGCUAGGGAGUGGAAAUGCCCUUAACAAUGCAAGGGCUACGGCAGUUGCUGUGCAGAAAAUGAGGCAGUUCAGGGAAGUUGCUCUCGAACGUGGAAUUCCAAUGGAAGAAUUAUGGAAAUGAUCAAGCCUGUAAAUAUCGAGUAUCCUAUUCUCGGUUGCUUUUCUUCCAUCCCCGCUUAUUUUUUUGGCCAGAAUGUUGUAACUAAUUUCAAAUGUGUUCAAUUUCAUUUGGUGAGUUGCCGGUUUAUAUGA